AUGAAGCCAAGGUUCCUAUCAUACACCACUAGACUUCUCACGAAACCAUUCAAAGUUGCAAUUGUUGGCACAGGACCUGGUGGGUUUUAUACUGCCCAUCAUUUACUUAACAAGUCCUCACCAGAUGUCAAAUUGAAUAUUGAUUUUUUUGAAAAAUUGCCCACACCAUAUGGAUUGAGUCGAUACGGGGUAGCACCAGAUCAUCCAGAGGUGAAAAAUUGUGAAGAUCAUAUGAUUAAUAUAAUGAAAGAUUUUGGGAAUUCCGAGAGCCGCCAUAAGGUGCGAUUUUUGGGUAACGUUGAAGUUGGGAAGGAUAUUGCUUUAAAGGAAUUGGAAGGCAAUUACAAUUCAAUUGUGUUGGCUUACGGGUGUACAUCUGCCGACAACAAGUUUUCUAUACCAGGAGCUGAUUUACCGGGAGUUGUUCCAGCUAGACAAUUUGUGAAUUGGUAUAAUGGACAUCCAGACUAUUAUGGCGAGAACAAGUAUAUCCCUCCACCACUAGAUAAAGUUGAUACAGUUUCAAUUAUUGGAAAUGGUAAUGUCGCAUUGGAUGUGGCCAGAAUAUUACUUGCUGAUCCACGUGAACAUUGGGCUAAAACAGAUAUUUCGGUGGACGCCCAACAAUUGUUGGAGAAAAGCACCGUCAAACAUGUUAGAAUAGUCGCCAGAAGAGGUGUUUUGGAGUCAGCGUUCUCUAACAAGGAAAUAAGGGAAUUACUAGAAUUGCCUGCUAAAUUCGUACCAUU